AACCGCUGCGAUCGGCGUGUAGGGGCGUCGUUGCUGCGUGCAAUGUGUAUCGUGUAGGCGUUGGCGAGGAGGAGACAAGUACGGGGAUGUGUCCGUAAAAAAGCUGCGGUUUCUGCGUACUCUGCCGCACGUGCAUGCUCGAAAUCGUGUUCCGCGUACGACGGGUACCCGAGCGGAUCUUACUCGGGUGGGUGUAUCGCCGUCGGUCGAGGCUGUUCCGCGAACGGACCUAACAAUCACGGGGAGCAGAAAAAAAAAGUGCGGCCCGUGUUCUUUCGCUUCUCGACGGAGGCCACGUAUCGUGCGUGCGUAUCUCGGUUGGCCUUGUCACGGGGACGUUGCUCGGAUCCAGGGGGUGCCGUCGACUGGCCUCGAGGAGACGGUGGAUGGAAACGACGCCCGUAGCAGGAUGCCAGGACGUCUCCAUCACAGGGCCAUUGAGACGGUCAGUGCUACUCGCGCGAGUUAAUUCUGGAGUCCGGAUCUGCUGGAAACGAACGCAUCGCAUCUACGGAGAAACGUAGUCACGGAUACUCGGAAUAAGGAUAGAACGCGUGCGCACGCUUGUGUGUGUGUCCUGCGUGUGUGUGCGCGCGCGUGUGUGUGUGUGGGAGAUGUUCGGAAUCUUGAGAGAUCCUGAUGCGGGAGGAUUCGAUUAUCAGCGGCUUAGAUCGAACGUAUUAUCGCACGCCGGAUUCUUCGACGUAUGAAACACUCGCUGACUCUGCGUUUCCCCGGCGAGGAGGACAGUUCGUUGCUCGCUGCCACGGAGAACUUUAUCUACCCACGCCGCGAUCCGAGCGAUUUUUCGACCGCGGCAGUGAGUCAGUUCCCCUUCGUAUACGAGAAAACUAUACGACUGACGACAAAGGAUACGUCUCGAAGAGAUUCCCAGUGGCUCUCCCGUUUGCGUCGGAGGCUCGAUGAUAGUGGCGCAAUUGACAGUGCGAUUCGGCCCGUUUUAUCUACUUGACCAGCGUGGACCUCUUGGAAGAGGAUCGCGUGGAGGAGAUUCGCGUGCUUGAAACGUCUACGGAGAGGAGACACGCGUGUACAUUGCGUGGACAGGGUGUAUGUUAUAUGGGAAACGCGUCCCGUCGAUCAGCCAGGAAAACGGAGUCGCGGAUUUAUCGCCGGCUACGGCGUCGUGCGUCAACGAUUCUUGGAAUGUGACGGGCGACUCCCGCCGUGGGAAAUAUCGUAGAAAAGGGGACGUCAUCGACUGCUGAGCGGCAAGAGACGAAAAAUCAGCUGGUAUGUCAAAUAAUCAGCUGGUUGACUCCUGUCUGCUGGUGAAUCGUCGGCUCGAGCGGAGACAGGAGCACAGCAUUACGCGCACCGAGAUCACGCAGAGGUGACUAACAUGACCUAAUCACGAGACGCGUCCUUCAGGAAAAAGGUCCCGACAUGCCGCAAUACACCGGACAGAGUGAUGCAGAUUAUCACGGAAGUAACGGCCAGGCGGACACCCACUCGUUGCAUUCGUCUCAUUUGUCUGUCCAGGAGGAUCCGUUACUCAUCCGGUCUCAUAAGCAGCAAACUACCCAACAAGUAACAAGCGUGUCGAAAGUGGUCCGCGAAGUAUCGCACAUGGAGCCGGAUCCAGGUGCGGUAAGUUACAUGUCAGUGCCAUUGAUGUCUCAAGAUUACCAGCAUGCCGACCCGCGGUACGCAACGGACUCGUACAUGGUCGGUUUCGAGCAUUACGAGCCUUACCUCGGUUGUCCACCGCAGCCAGGCUAUCCAGGACUCCACGGCAUCUACAUGCCACGUUCGCACUCUCCUCAUAGUCCUCACAGUCCUUCGGAGCACAGUCGCGCCUCGCCUCCGCAUGAAUACCUGCGUAAAGCGGCGCCGUACGUGGAAGGCGGUUACAACGACAUCGAUCCAGGUCUGAAUCCUGCUUUGCAAGAUCAUUAUCGUAUCACUCCUAGUCCUGGCGGCCCCGGAGAUCCAUAUGAUCAAAUCAGCAACUCUUGGAAUAUGGAUGACUCUGGGGAACCCUCUCAGCAUCCUCAUGAUGAGAGUAAAGUGCCCUAUGGUUACGUGUCUCCGUCCCCCUAUGGACCCGUCGGUUACGGACCUGGUGUAGGGGUAGGUCCAGUGGCAGUUCCUAGCGACGUACCUGGCUACGACGAAGGUCAUCCGGUUCCUCUGUCCUCGGGAGUUCCGCCCGGAAUGUUCGAGGAUGAGGUGCAUCUUCAGCGGUUGCAGUCUCGACAUCCGGUCGUACCUGGAAUGGCCAGUCCGUUGGACGACGAUCAGAAAUCCAUGAGAUGGCGAGACCCGAACCUGUCCGAGGUGAUCGGCUUCCUGAGCAAUCCUAACAACAUCAUCAAGGCGAACGCUGCCGCCUAUCUACAGCACCUCUGCUACAUGGACGACCCGAAUAAGCAGAAGACGCGCAGCCUAGGUGGCAUACCACCGUUGGUGCAGUUGCUCGAUCACGAUAAUCCCGACGUGUACAGGAAUGCUUGCGGGGCAUUAAGGAACUUGUCCUAUGGCAGGCAGAACGACGAGAAUAAGAGGGCCAUAAAAAACGCCGGUGGAGUGCCAGCUUUGAUCAAUUUGUUACGUAGGACAUCUGAUGCGGAUGUAAAGGAACUGGUCACCGGGGUGUUGUGGAAUUUAUCUUCUUGCGAGGACCUGAAGACGUCCAUCAUCGACGAUGGUGUAACGAUGGUGGUGAAUAACAUAAUCAUACCGCACAGCGGUUGGGAGCCCAGCUCCGCCAGCGGAGAGACUUGCUGGUCGACGGUCUUCAGAAACGCGUCUGGUGUCCUGAGAAACGUUUCCAGUGCCGGAGAGUACGCGAGGAGAAAGUUACGCGAGUGCGAAGGACUCGUCGACGCGUUGCUAUACGUUGUACGGUCAGCCAUCGAGAAGUCCAACAUCGGCAAUAAAAUUGUAGAGAAUUGCGUAUGCAUCCUGAGAAACCUGAGCUACCGGUGUCAAGAGGUCGAGGACCCGAAUUACGACAAGCAUCCCAUCCAAUCCACGGUACAGAACAGGGUGGCAGCUCCGGCCAAAGCGUACAGUUUAUGUCAAGGUGAGAAUUUGGGUUGCUUUGGCGGCAGUAAGAAGAAAAAAGAUGGUCAACCAGUACAGAAGGAGACGACAGCGUCUCGUACGACCAGUCCCAGGACGGAACCAGUCAGAGGCAUGGAGUUGCUCUGGCAACCAGAGGUGGUCCAGUCAUAUCUGAAACUCUUGCAGACUUGCUCAAAUCCAGAAACGUUAGAAGCAGCUGCUGGAGCUCUUCAAAAUUUGGCAGCUUGCUAUUGGCAACCGAGCAUUGAAAUUCGCGCAGCUGUGAGAAAGGAGAAAGGACUUCCUAUUUUGGUGGAAUUACUACGAAUGGAGGUGGAUCGCGUGGUUUGCGCCGUUGCAACAGCACUCAGGAACCUCGCGAUCGACCAACGCAAUAAAGAGUUGAUAGGGAAGUACGCUAUGCGAGAUCUUAUUCAGAAGUUACCUUCGGGGAAUAACCAACACGAUCAGGGGACCAGCGACGACACGAUUGCCGCGGUUUUGGCCACUUUGAACGAGGUCAUCAAAAAGAACGCCGAAUUUUCACGGUCGUUGUUAGACGCCGGUGGCGUCGAUAGACUAAUGAACAUAACCAGGCAACGCCAGAAGUAUACACCUCGUGUUCUUAAAUUCGCAGGACAAGUUCUAUUCACAAUGUGGCAGCAUCAAGAACUGAGGGACGUUUACAAGAAGCACGGAUGGAAGGAGCAAGAUUUUGUCACGAAAACGGUGGCAGCACGAAACUCAGGGCCUAAUUCACCCAAUAACGCUAAUAGCUAUGAUUGCAGCACGUUGAAUCGGCCGAUGGCAAGUCAAGGAAGCACCAGAUACGAGGACCGAACGAUUCAGAGAGCAAAUAUGAAUUCUAAUAACGUUGGUCGGCCCACUAUAUAUCAGUCUCAACCGAAACCCGGUGAGCCGCUCUACGCGCAAGUUAACUUGGAGAAGAAAAAGAAGCGGCAGUAUGAGCUGGGGGUGGGCCAGGGUCAGGGUCAGGGUCCAAUCGGGCCAGGAGUCGGCGGUGCGCCGACCGGCGGUCAGUGGGCGAUCGACGGUGUCGGCGUUCCGGACGGUUCUGCCGCCACGGCGACGGUGAACGUGCCACCGAAUUCAACCGCGGCCUCCGCCGGGGACUCUUGGGUAUAACAGGGUCUGGUGCUUCUGCCUGGAGCCCAGGGUGCUCGAGUUAGCCUUCCCCCGAGGCUCUACGCCUAGAGUUGCUACCAGAAGAUCCCGUAUACGCCGUAUACGACUGCUCGAUGUCGCGCGAAAAGGAACAGAUGGCGGAGUACGAGCUGUCCAAUAGAUAGUUUAUCGCUCUCUUCGCGAACAGAGGUACCGUGCCCGAACACGGGGAGUCUUUUUCUUCGUUUUGUUCCUUUUCUGUACGUUGCGGCCGAACGGUCCACGUUGUUGGAAGAGUAUAUGCAUAAGUUAGGAUCGAACGUAUGGACAUACGAAGCCGUUCAACAGAGGGAAAAGGAAGACUGAAAAGGGUAUACAGAUGUUAGACGAAACUCGAAGCCUCUGAAUCGUACGCGCUCGUCGACUUUCCAGGACUAUUAACUGGAAAAACUCGCAAGCAUUACGUGUAGAAGUUGCACUCCGCAUCCCCGGUCACAUUUCUUCGCGUAUAGAAGGUGCAACCGACUUGUCCAACCACAUCCGCAGCAGUAGUCGCACUAAUGGCUCUAAACCUUUGUUGCACAAUUCUAAAUUAUAUAUGUAUACAUUUAAAUGUAUAUUUUAAGACGGUACUCGAGGCGGUGGUAUCAGUAACCGUAUAAAGUACUAUUAAUGAUAAGUAGAUGGUAUUAUUAUUAUUAUUAUUAUUAUUACUAUUAUUUUGAUUAUUAUUAUUAUUAUUAUUAAAAUAUACAAAUGAGGGCACUCUAUGCCAUUAUAAAUACAGGAGAGUAUAAGUGCGUAUAUAUAUAUAUACAUAUUACACGACACAUAUACAUUGUAUAACGCACGCGUAGGCGUACCGAUUGCUGCGUUACUGUAUUAUGUAAACUUCCGAGGCUGUGGGUGUGGCAUAUGCGAGAAUGCCGAAAUAUUUGCAAGCUACGUUUUAUUUUAUUUUCAUUUUCUGAUUUCCAGUCGGUCGAGGAGAAUGAAAGAAAUAUACGUACCGUAUAUGCGUGUGCGCGUGUUUUAGUCCGAUCCGUGUGAGUGUGUUUCUUGCCUGCCCGCACGAAAAAAAUUCUGUCCUUUCGUGACAUUGUGGGAUACGAGAAAAAUACCCUCGUCUACGAGCGAGUUCGUCACUUUUAAAGUCAGCCGUUCUCGAGUGAAUGCGAUCAAAGACGGAAAAGAGGAAUCAAAGAUUUCCGAGAUUCUCACCGUUGUGUUCCUCUUCGUUUUCCAAAGUAUUAUCAGAAAAGUGGAAACGCGAAGGCUGAGAACGCGACGCGAUAAAAUCUACAGACAAGGAGACAGAAUAACGAAGUAAGUGAUGUUUAAGUGUUAUCGAAUGUUUGACAGAAACGACAUUAUUGAUAGCCGAUAUACAUAUUAUAUAUAUACAUAUAUUAUAUAAAAAAUAUAUAUAUAUAUAUAUACAAAUGAAUAUAUCCUUGUUCUAUUUCUUAAAUAAUAUGAUUACGACAGUUGAAUCGAGUGUGUUUGCGAAUGAUUUAGCCGGGAGAAAGUAUAAACACCAAUCGUGGACCGAAACGCGCUGAGAUACCACACCUGCGUUUCUUCUUACAAAAUUGAGAAUUUUAUAUAUAUGAAUAAUUAUAUGCACGUCGCGAUCGAAGAGGGAUCGAUCUCGUCGACUGGUUUUACACGAACAUUUUGUAUAUACGCAUCCUCGAGACGAUCGAAUUCAACAUUUUAUUUGUCAUACGAGCGACGAGAUCGACGCAGAUUCGACAAGAUAAGAUAAACAAAAUGGAAGUUGUAACGAUCAUCGACGUGCCUGUCGAAAAAGUUAUUACCGUUACUUUAUCUCGGGUAUCGGUCAUCUAUCGAACCUUCCCGAAAGACUCGUACGAUCGUUUCUGUUGUAUAUUACGACUUACAAAAAACAAAGUCUGUCGUAACAUUGUUAUUGACGCUGCGAUAACAAGUCAAAUUUUGUUAAAUAUCGAGUUGCGCGCAUAGAUGCAAUCUAUACGUGCAAGUUCGUUAAACGAAAAGAUUUCUAGGAACGAAGAAAAAGCUGACUUAUACAGAUACGGUGUUUACCCUUUCGAGUACAGGGUCCAGUAUCGCAAGAUUUAUCGCGAAUCGUCGAUACGACUGCUUCGUAUCGCCUGAUCGUGCAGAUGCUCACCGUUGCAAGAGAAAGUACCGCUCGACGAGCGUUCAUGAGCGUGAACGUGUGCGAGCUGCUGCAAAUGUUUGCUGUCAGCACCGAGAAAACAAAUAAUCAAUUAUAAUCGAUACCGUGUCUCUGUAGGAGGAUACGGUACGUUGUCGUAUACCGUUGCUCUCCAGCUAGGAUAAGAUUUUCAGCAGAAGCAACUGUGCGUUAUCUAGAUAUCAUUCAGUGAGCCGAUAACGGGCCACCAUUUUACGCCUCUACGCGAAUCGAGAGGCACCCUACGAGCUUACCGUAUGGACUGCUAGCUGAUCCCUUGCGCUCGUGAUAUAGCGUGAUAAUAGAGUGCCAUGCGCGACGCGAACCUCUUAGAGAACUUUGGACCAUUCCGCUCAACGUGACACGCACGGCUCCGAGAUCUCUGGAUCGACGGAGUCGCCACGAUCGACACGAACGAACCGAGAUUUUUAUACCCGCUUUUUAUCGUUUGCGCGUACCGACGUUUCUAAUUUUCUACGAAGUUUAACGAGAAACGAGAGACGAGGACGCGACGAAUGAUUUUGUAAAACCGCGUUGUCGAGUGAAGGGCUUCGUAGAAACGAAUUAAACGUAUUCGAAAAUGGUGUAGGACGAUUGAAGGCUUAUCAGCGAGAACGAAAUUUGAUUCCAGUUAGAUUAGCGCGUUUAUUGAGGUGUCUCCUUCCACGGAUUUUGAUGUUAAUCAUCGAGGAUUCUAUGUCAUAGUUCCUAAUAUUCUUUUAAAACGAAUCUUUUAGGAAUUCGGGGUAGAGUAAACGACCAAGUUUUUUCUAUUAUUUUCUAACUUUUCCUAAUCUCGUACAAUUAACAUUUUUGCAAUUAAGAGUUUCUAUAAAUGUUGGUGUAGGCUAGGUUUGAAAACAAUAGAAUUUUUCCAUCCUUUUCUACAGGUUUUCUAAUCUCAGAUUAUUUCCAGUUUUGUAACUGACAUCGAUUCGAUGAAAUGCUAUCGAAAACCAUUCAUAACCAAAGUCUAUUCGUCAUUUUUUUUUUUUAUCGUUUCUUCGAUACGUCUAUCAUCGACUAAAUAUUGAAGGUGAAAUUACAUGAUUUUUUGUUCGGUGAAAAUUUGCAAUACAUUCAUAAAAAAAUCCUUGCUACGCAGAGAUGAAACCAGAGACUAUGAAACAGCCGCUGGUUCGAUAAUCGAACUCUCGUCGCGCAACUCAGCCUACGAUUCUCCUGAAAGGAUGCAGACGUCGCGUCGGUUAAUCUUUUUAGAACGGCGUCGCGUCUUACUAGCGAUUUUUACACCGUUUUUUUACACGUUUCUCACUGGCCUAAGGAGUCGUAUCCCGUUUACGAGCGGCGAACAACGAUCGACGGCGAUCGUGAUCAUUCGCGAACAGGGUGCGAGAAGGAAACUAGAUAGUUUCGCGCGACCAUUUCUACUUCUAUCGAUAACAACAUUUUAUAGUUUUCUAAAGUAACGAGAAAAGCAUUAUUAGAUUGCAAAGUCGACGGUUCGAUCCUUGAUUUUAGGUACUUUAUCUUCAAAUUUAAUUCACGGGAGAUCCUUACGUAGGCUUAUUUGAACGUGCAAGCCGAUCGGUAUGCAAAGACUGACGCGUGUCGUCGAAUUUAAUUCCCGCACAUCCGAUCGGAUAUUCCGGGCUCACUCUUCAUCGUCAAAUCGAUCAUCGUCACAGACAAAUCCAAGAAGACUGAUAUAGCGUUAAAGCCGAAUGACUCUAUCGGAACAUUCCAUCAUCCGAACACCAAGAGCGAAACGAAACGGAAUCGUCGAGCGGAAGAGGACCAGAAAAACACAAAACUGAGCAAGAUAGCAAAAGAGGUAACGGCAACCCGCAAAGUACCACGCUCCUAAAAACGAAUCCUCAUCUCGAGGCAGAUUUGCCAAAUUUCAUCGAAGAAGAAGAAGAAAUCGACGGGUCGUGUCAGACGAACACGAGGAAACGAGGAAGGAAAUAGAGAAAAACAAAGAGAAACCAUGUAAAGUCAAGAAAGUUUCACGUAUCACGUACAGAUAUACAUACACGUAUACACAUACAUACAUACAAAUACAGACACGUGCAUAAUGAAUAGAAAAGAAACGAUAGGCUACAGUGCUGCAUACGUAUUUAAAUUAAAGGAGCAUUAAAUAAGCAUGGAUGUGCAUUUUAGAUGUAUUAGAGGAGUCUCACCACACAUUUAGUAUUAAUUAUAAAACGUUGUAGUCCGACGUGAGGGAGGGACAAGGGGAGGAUUUACAGGAAUUAAAUUCGCCUGAGAAUCCUUGAAUCUGUUCGAUGCGUUGUCCUUUUCUUCCCCAAAAAGUAGAUUUCGCAUUCUCGCGGGUUCUACGAUCUCUGUUUAGAUUAAUUUUGCAACGAUUCAGAUAUUCGAGGAAUCUGGGCACUCUCGGCGGUGGCGCUAUCUUACCAAAUGGUUUCGCUUUUCCCGUCUUUUGGGGAAACAAAUUUUUGUACUUUUCCACGGUAAUCUCGAACGAUUUUCUUCGAGGGCGACGUUGCAAUCAUUUAUUCGAUUUUAAUCGCAAUCUUGAACUCGAAAAGUUUUGUUCGAGCUUUUAAGAAUAUCUUUACAAGUAAAUAUGUAUUCAUAUAUUUUUCGAUAAUUUAUCGAAGGACUCCCCUAGAUCCCUACCCUUGAGAGAAAUGCGACGGGGAUUCUCAUCGUCACGAUCGUUUAUCAUCGUCAUCGUCGUUUGUUUAUUUAACUCGUACCGUGUUUUACGCAAUCUAUUGACGUCGCAAUUACUAAAAUGAUGUAGGAUAAUAUAUAUAUAUAUAUAUAUAUAUAUAAUUUUGUUAAGACGGGGGACGAAGAGCAAACAUAUUGUCAUUAUUUUAUCGACGUCGUAUUAUUUAUAUCGAAGGAGUACCACGUAUAUGCAAUGAUUAUUAACGAUAAAGAUCGACUAGUGUAUUUCGAACCCGACUGACAACAAUUAAAGAAUUUAAUUGCGCUGAA